CCUCUCUCUCAUUUUUGUUGCUUUCCAGUGGGACUGUCAGAAAAGCGAAUUUCAGAGAGGGCAAGCUGAAGAUAUACAUAUAUAAAUAAAGAUAUAGAGAGAAAAUUCUAGAGAGAGAUAGAGAGAGGUGAAUAAUGGGAUCGGUGUUUGAGGAGAAGGAUUUCUUGGCAUGCUGCGGGAGCACUCAAUUCGCGAAAGAGAUGGCCUCCGCGGGUCCUUUUGCCAACUACGAAGAAGCUGUUAAUGCCGCCAGAGAUAUCUGGUUUAACAAGGUUGAUGUCAAUGGUUGGCUGGAAGCAUUCGCGGCUCAUCCCCAGAUUGGUAAAAGCCCCUCCUCCAACCACAAAAGCCCAACCAGUGCGGAGUGGAGCAAAGGAGAGCAGUCAACCGCUUUAGCGACUGCCAGUGAUUCUAGCUUGCAGGAUCUAUCUGAUUGGAAUGCUCGGUAUAGGCAGAAGUUUGGAUUUGUUUUUCUAAUAUGUGCAUCUGGAAGGAGUACUCCUGAAAUACUUACCGAGCUGAAGAGACGUUACCCAAACAGGCCGAUAGUUGAGUUUGAGAUUGCAGCUCAGGAACAAAUGAAAGUAACUGAACUACGUCUAGCCAAGCUCUUCUCAACUAAAGCAAUUGCUACUUCAAUCACUAGUGCCCAGUAUAAUGCGGAUGUUGCGAACAAAGCAGGAGGUAAAUUUGCAUUAUCAGAAGAUCGUGUGAGCAUCAUUGGAGCACACGUGACUGCUGCAUCUGAAGCUUCUACCGGAAUUCCUUCUCAAAUUCCAGCCAGGACUCGCCCACCCAUCACAACCCAUGUCUUGGAUGUUGCUCGUGGGUCACCUGCCGCUGGCAUUGAAGUGCAGUUGGAGAUGUGGAAAGGCAAUCAACCCUACCCGGUGUUUGGCGCGACAGAACAUGGCAGUUGGGCAAUCCAGGGGUCUUCGAUGACAGACAAAGAUGGACGAAGUGGCCAUUUGAUGAGUAUAGUUGAUGCUUUGAACCCAGGUAUGUACCGGAUAAGUUUCAACACAGGCAAAUACAACCCGAACGGGUUUUUUCCCUACGUAUCUAUUGCGUUUGAAAUUAGGGAGUCACAGAAGUGGGAACAUUUUCAUGUUCCACUGCUGCUUUCACCAUUCUCUUUCUGCACUUAUCGUGGAAGCUGAACUUUGUUGUAGAGUCACUGGAAAAUAAAACCUGUGUAUUUGUGUUGGAUGCUCUGAGAAAUGUUUGGAAUGUAAAAAUAUUUUGAAGCUGUUCUUAUUUUUUACGGUAAUGAUCAAGGAAGAGCAAACUCUAA